UUUUAAUGGUGGGUGAGACCGGAAGUAAACAUCAUGUGACGUUGAAAAUCAGAUGAUCAAGUGUAGACAUCUUUAGUCACGACUACAACGGUUAAUUCAUACAUUCCUGGCUGUAUUUCUCUGGAAACAAGAUCCUAGACUGCUGCAACCAUGGCGCUCAGCGAUGCCGACGUUCAGAAGCAGAUCAAACACAUGAUGGCCUUCAUUGAGCAGGAGGCCAAUGAGAAGGCAGAGGAAAUUGAUGCCAAGGCGGAAGAGGAGUUCAACAUCGAGAAGGGCCGUCUGGUGCAGACCCAGAGGUUGAAGAUCAUGGAGUAUUACGAGAAGAAAGAGAAGCAGAUCGAGCAGCAGAAGAAAAUUCAAAUGUCUAACCUGAUGAACCAGGCUCGUCUGAAGGUGUUAAAGGCUCGCGACGACAUGAUUUCAGAAAUGUUGAGCGAGGCGCGUCAACGGCUGGCCAACGUAGCCAAGGACCCAGCCAGGUACCCAGCACUGAUGGACGGGCUGGUUCUGCAGGGUUUCUAUCAGCUUCUUGAGACCAAAGUGACCAUCCGCUGUCGUAAACAGGACCUGCAGGUGCUUAAGGCGGCUAUCCAGAAGACCAUUCCCGUCUAUAAAGCAGCAGUGAAGAACAAUAUUGAGGUUCGCAUCGACCAGGACAACUUCCUGUCCCCAGACAUUUCAGGAGGUAUUGAAAUCUACAACGCUGAUGGGAAGAUCAAGGUGUCCAACACCCUAGAGAGCAGACUGGACCUCAUGGCUCAGCAGAUGAUGCCUGAGAUUCGAGUGGCUCUCUUUGGUCAGAACCAGAACCGCAAGUUUUUGGACUGAGUGUCUCCAUCCAUCGUCUUGAAGAGGAGUUAUUUAUUUUUGUUGUGUGAAAGAUACCAUUCCUGUGUCUGUGAGAAGAAUUCCAAAAACACAGUUACAAAUGGAAAAGACACCAUUUGUUGUUUUGUCAUGUAUUGUUGUAUUUCUUUGAUAUCUUGGGACAGUAUAAAAGUUUAACUUCAUUGCAGAUGUGAGUAGGGGGAGCAACUUUUGCACAGUGGUAAUGGAUCUGCUGCUCCCCCUGGGGAUCUUGGUUUACACACCGCAGUCAUCUUUAUUAUGAUUGGCUGGACAGUAAUAAUUUCAGUCUGAUUGGUUCAGGCUAAUAACAUCUUCCUCUCAUGAAAAAAUAUAAUAAAAAGUUGCAUGGAGCAUUGACUCACCCGUAGCUAUUUGCUCCCAUCUAUCACAAUUAAAAUGAAGCGAUGCUGGAAAAACA